UAAUUUAUCUUUAAAUUUUUAUAAAUAAUUUUAAUAAUAGUAUUAAAAUAAUCAAGUUUUUUAAUAUCAGAUAUUUUUAAAUUUUGAAUUACAAAUUUUCCAUUACGAAAAAAGAAAUAUGACGGACGUGCCAGCGAUGUUGAAAUUGUUCUGGAGUCGGUAUGUAAAUUUCGAGACACUGAUCGCCGUCUUCGUGCUUGUCCUCGUGUACCAGCUAGUCUUAAGAAACGAAGCCCUGCACGACUUCGUUGGCCGUCUCCUCAUAAAAUUAGAAUUGCGCCUCACAGGCAACUAUGAUCACGUGCCUGUAGAUGGCGAGAGUAUUGUUUCUGGCUACAAGACAAAAGCCUCGUGGGAGUUCACAAAGGACAACGUCAGCGUUUUUGCAGUUCAAGGACGUCGGCCGCACAUGGAAGAUCGAUUCAAUGUCGUUUCGCCACUAGAUGAUACUGGGACAAGUAUUUUUGGCAUUUUUGAUGGCCACGGUGGUGAUUUUGCAGCAGAUUUUGUUGAGAAGACACUCUUCAAAUCCAUCAUGGUCCGCCUCUUGAAAACUUCUCUGAAGAGGCAGCUCUCUCAAAAUGUGGAAAGUGAUUUGGAAACAGAACAACAGCAGCAUAAAAGUAAUGAAUUCAACAACAAUCACAAUCAUGAAAAACUGGAAUAUGUAAAAAUUGAAAACAUGAAAAAAGAUGCAGACAGCAAUGAACAAGUUAUUAAAAACAUUGAAAAAAGUGUUGACAUUCUCCAUGAAAACUCUGGGAAAACUGAUGAACGCCACGAACAUAAAGCACUCCCUCAUAAAAUAUAUCAAAGCGUAAAUAAGAAAUUGAGGAAAAUAAUCAGAGAUGAGAUUUUAAAUGUGGACAAACAGUUACUAGAGAUUGAGAAAUCAACAGGGGAAAUCUCAGGCUCUACAUUAUUGCUGGCAAUGUUGCACAAGAACACACUUAUCGUAGCCAAUGUUGGAGAUUCAAGAGGAGUUCUAUGUGACCAGAAUGAUAAGGUCAUCCCUCUGUCCUUUGAUCACAAGCCUCACUUGGCAGCAGAACGCAAACGUAUAAAGAAGGCAGGUGGUUUCGUGAGUUUCAAUGGUGUGUGGAGGGUGGCGGGCAUCUUGGCGCUGUCCAGGGCCAUGGGGGACUACCCACUCAAGGAGAAGAACUUCGUCGUCGCGGAUCCAGAUAUACUCACGUUUAAUUUGAAGAAAAUAAAGCCAAAAUUCAUGAUCCUGGCGUCGGAUGGGUUGUGGGAUGUGUUCAGCAAUGAGGAAGCCGUCCAGUUCAUCAGCAGUCGACUGCAUGAACCGCACCUGGGAGCCAAGAGUCUUGUGCUGCAGGCCUACUACAGGGGCUCCCUCGACAAUAUCUCCAUCAUGGUCGUCAAGUUUUCAUACGGGGAUCACGUGAUGAAAGAAGAUGGCGACGGUGUUGGUGUAGGCAGUGAAAAUGAGGAAGAUGAAGACGACGAUGAUGAGGCUGUUCAGAACCGAACGACUGAUAAACUUUCAGAUGAUGAUGACGACGAUGUAAUGACUGAGAACUGCGGUAAUGGUGACAAUAAAUUGAAUGAACCAUCGUCACGAGCAGAUAACAACGAGCAUCACGCGGAGAGGGGUAGCGUGUCUUUCCAUCUGCCAACUGCCAACGACGCUAAUGUUUAUGACGACCAAGAACAUGUUGAUAAGGUCCGUACAGCACCUUCAUCACAUUCUCCACCGGCAGAACAUCUAGACAAUCAGGAUGUAGUUGAUGUUGCGAAAGAUGAUGGGAGCUUUGUAAAGACGUUAAAGGCCACUGUUGAUACCGACGACGAUGAUAAAAUCAACCACUGGAAAAUUGAUGCUACUCAUGUAGGCAGUCGUGUCAGUGAUGGCGCAAUAAGGUUGAUGAAGGAUGAUAGUAGAAGAUUGAAUGUUGAUGGUGGAAUUGAGAUUGAAAAGAACAACGCCAUCAGUGGCAAUGGAGAUGAGUUUUCGAUUGCUUCGUCUGAAUCACAUGAUCGUCAACAACAACUGCAACAGCAACAACCCCAUCAUCGUGAUGGCCACGGUGAAGAUAAAGUGAGUAAGCUUGUGUUUGUGUCAGGCGAAGAUGACAACCGCAGAAAAAGACUGCAACACAUGGCAGAGAAUCUUUAA